AAGUUACGCGGUUCGUCGUUUCUCGGCAGCGUCUGCCGCGUCGCACAGGUUGACGAGGUCGUCGAGGAAGUCGCACAGGGAGAGGUCGAGGGGCGCCCGCAGACAAGCGAGCGCGUCCUGGCUGCGCCGCCGGCGCGGACCAGCCGUCGCGGGCCGCCGUGCGACCGCGAACGUAGGCGCCCGACCGACGGCGCCCGGGCCCGCCGUCGAGGGCCGCGCCCGUCGUUCCUGGACAGGCGAGUCCGGCGCAAAGGGAAAUCGCUCCGCGAACGAGGGAAUCUCCAUUUCCACGAGGCGUAUUCGCUGGGCCGGGUCCGGCGGCCUGACACUCGCCUCAUCGGGCGCGGGCGCGACUGGGUCCGCGUCCUCGUCGUCCGAGGCCCCGUCGUCGUCGUCGGCGUCGUCCAAGUAGCCGCCUCGCGCCCGUCGCAGCGCACGGCUCACGGCUUCGGCUGUUACUGGGCGCGGCGGCCGCCCCGAUUGGGGCCGAUGAUGUCGCGGCGGCGGCUCGUCGAAGCUGACCGUGCGUACCGCGGCGGCAGCGUCGCGCGGCGACGACUCGCGGCUGGGCGCGCGCGCGGUCGUCGCCUCGGAGAGGGCUUCGGAGCGCGCCGUCAACGGGCCUGCCGGCGGCGGGUCGAUGCGGCACAGCGCCUCACGCACCAACGACUCGCUCGCCGUGAACUCCACCGAUUGAUCCUCGUCGUCCUCGUCGCAGAAAUUGCGGUUCGCGAUCUCCUGCGACGCCCGGAAGGCAGCGGGCGGUGGGAGGCGCUCCUCUUCUGCCGGGGCGGCUGCCACCAGCUCUAUUGGUGCUGGUGGCGCUGGUGCUGGCACCUCUUCCUUAGGCUUUGGGGGCGCUUUUUUCCGCCACAGGACCAUUAUCGAUGCGUCCGGCGGCCUACGACGCGAAGCGGCUGUCGAUGGAUGCGGUUUUGGCUGCCCUUUGCCGAUAGAUGCGGUUUUGGGCUGCCUUUACAGGCCUUUUUAUGG